CGACGUUAAUCUUCAAAGAAGAAGGGAUCGUUUGCACAAGCCGUCUGAAACUGUAUGUGUUGUGGCGGACACCGAAGCUCUGAUCUCGGGAUCGGAAACCUCUUAGCAAUUACUCCGUACAACGCUAGCUCUAACUUCUCAUCUAAAAUAGUGCGUGCUUCUCAUGAGCGAUGUGCAAAUCGUCAUGGGAUUGGGAGUGUUGAUCAGCGGCUUCCACGGGUUACUCAGAACGCUGUCUGGAUAUCAUUGGUUAAUGAUAACCAACAUAGCUUGGUUUUCAGCAGUCACACAUCUCGGAGCAUUAUCCCACCUUCGCAACUAUUAUUACAUUCACAAAAGCCGCAGAUUAUGGAGAUCGCCGCUGAUCUUUUCCGUCGCUUUGAUGCUGGUCAUCACCAUGGCGAUCGGAUUUCCAGCCAGGAUCACAGAGAUUGAGGAUGGCAUCGGUGAUACCAAAACCUUGCCAAACACGCAUGUAAUUUGCUUCUGGUACAGUGAUGGGAAGUUUCGCCCCCCCCCCCCCGGAUUCAAUGGGACCCUCUUAUUGACACUGUCUUGUCUGCUUGUCUGAUCUUGCUGGGAUUCUUAUCGAGAUUUCUUAAGAGUAGCUUCGCGAUGUCCCGAAAGUUUCGUGACUUUCGAGAUAUCGUACGAGAGAAGGCAAGAGGUCUUUCAGACGGAGGAGGCUUCGAGCUUCGUACCACUUUCCGCAGACACCUUCACAAAUUCUUAAUUUCCCGCCCAAUCACUGCGCU